AUGAACAAGUUCCAGGAAGGCCUGCAGCAGCAGCGGCGACUCAUUGAGCAGCUGCGCUGUGAGGCCCAGAUCACCAGAUUCCGCGUGUCCCAGUGCAUCGAUGACCUGCAGAAGUACUGCGAUGCUCAUAUCGAAGAGGACUAUCUGAUUCGGGGAUUUAGCAAACCCAGCGAGAACCCAUUUAAAGAAAAGGGCAGCUGUUCUAUAUUCUAG